AUGGAGAGAAGAAGGAUUGACCAUGAGAUGCUGGUGGCUUUGCUGACCCUUUUGGUGUUCUCAUUGACUUGUGCCACUGCUUCUUCAUCAGACCCAACAGAACUCCAUGACCAUGUGGAGCUAUACAGGAGGAAUCUUCUUGCUAAUGGCCUUGGUAGAACUCCUCCAAUGGGGUGGAACAGUUGGAAUCAUUUUAGCUGUCAAAUUAACGAAAAAAUCAUCAGAGAAACUGCUGAUGCUCUUGUUUCUACUGGUCUUUCUAAGCUUGGAUACACAUAUGUCAAUAUAGAUGAUUGUUGGGCUGAAUUAAAUCGGGAUGCUAAGGGGAAUCUGGUAGCAAAAAAAUCAACAUUUCCUUCUGGAAUCAAAGCUCUUGCAGAUUAUGUUCACAGCAAGGGUCUUAAGCUUGGAAUUUAUUCAGAUGCUGGGUAUUUUACUUGUAGCAAACAGAUGCCUGGUUCUCUGGGUCAUGAGUUUCAAGAUGCCAAGACUUUUGCAUCAUGGGGUAUUGAUUAUUUGAAGUAUGAUAACUGUAACAAUGAUGAAUCAAAACCAACAGAUAGAUACCCUGUUAUGACUCGGGCUUUAACGAUGGCUGGUCGUCCAAUCUUCUUCUCACUAUGUGAAUGGGGAGACUUGCACCCUGCUUUAUGGGGUGCUAAAGUGGGAAAUAGCUGGAGAACUACCAAUGACAUUUAUGAUUCAUGGGAAAGCAUGAUUUCAAGGGCAGACAUGAACGAAGUUUAUGCUGAAUAUGCAAGACCUGGUGGUUGGAACGAUCCUGACAUGCUUGAGGUGGGAAAUGGAGGGAUGACAAAAAAUGAAUAUAUUGUUCACUUCAGUUUAUGGGCCCUUUCCAAGGCUCCUCUUCUUCUUGGCUGUGAUGUUAGAAAUAUGACUAAAGAGACUGUGGAGAUUGUAACAAACAAGGAAGUUAUUGCGGUUAACCAAGAUUCACUUGGCGUACAAGGUAAAAAGGUUAGGAUGGAGGGUGAUAUUGAGAUUUGGGCAGGUCCUCUUUCAGGGUACAGGGUGGCUGUUGUCUUGCUUAAUCGUGGCCCUUGGAAUGUUUCUGCGACAGCCAACUGGGAUGACAUUGGUAUUCCAUCAAAAAGUGUUGUUAAAGCAAGAGACCUUUGGGAGCACAAGACAUUGGCGACACCCUUUGUGGAAAAAUUGACUGCCACAGUUGAUCCCCAUGCGUGUAAAAUGUACGUGCUGAAGCCAGUUGCUUGA